GAAGAGACAACAUUUAAGUUAAUUUAAGUUAUUCCAAAAUUUUUUAGCUUUGGUGUCAUCCAAUCAGUUUAAAACUGAGAUAAGUAACAAUUAUGAUUGGGAUGACGAUGACAUUUUUGCAUCCAUAAGCACUCAAGAAAUCUUACAUCAAAACGUGAAGAUCAUUAAUAAUUUUCCCCAUAUGUCUAAGUUCCCAAUAAAUACGCAGAUAACUCAGGGUAACCAGAGGGAUAAUAUUAGUGGGUACUCUAAGAAAUUGGUGCUGAGAGAAACUAAUGUUGCAUCAGGACUUCAAAAAGCUAGCGGAGAACCACCGAAGUUGAGAGUAGGUAAAAACGCACUUGGCGUGAGUGUAAUUUCUAUUGAAAACGAAUCGGAAGAAGUGAAAAGUAAAGUGAAUCGAGAUGAAGUGGGCAAUUUGAAUAAUCCGGAAAGUUCGCUUGUUUCUGCUGGUUUUCAAAUAGCGAAUGUUAAAAAAAUCUCCAUAUCGAAAAAAAGCCAAAUAUCCGUACAAAAUAUUCUAAAAGAAUUUCAAGACAAUUUGCAAGAAACGAAUUAUGAAACUGAACUAAAAGACAUGAAAGCUCGGAUGUCGAUUAAAAGUAUGGAGUCCAAGUUUAGAAAAACUGCAAACAGCAGUACGCAAAUAGCCAACAAAACAGGCUUUCAAGCGAUGUGCGAAAAAGGCAAAAAAACAUUUAAGCAUUCUACACGAGUAAAUGAAGCUUUUAUUGAAAAUGGAAUAGAAGAAAUGGAAAAUAAAGUUACGUUUAAAGUACAUCAAGAUAAUGUUGGCAAGCUCAUUAAUCCGGGAAGUUCGCUUGUUCGGGAAAAACGAAUGAACGAAUAUCCCAGCUGCAGCAGCAAAUUGUCAGCAGCUGGUCCAAUACUGUGUCGCAAAAGACUUUUAUCAUUGUCAUUAAACCCAAAAUAUAAUUAUAGGCCACCCCCCCAACUUUGUGAGACACCGAAUAGAAACAAACGACAAACCGAGACUACGACACCAGGAUUAGGGGAGUUUAUUAAUAAUGCUGUUAAAACAAGUAUACCAGGCGCCAAUAGACCAAAGAGGGGGCGGCUCUCGGGCUUGAGACUUACUGGCAUUAGUCCAAAGAAAUAA